AUGGCUAGAGAACAGAAAGGGUUACGGCAUUAUGAGGAGAAUUUGAAGCGGAGAUUUCUCCUCUUCUUUUUAGUCUCAACAGGACUGUUUCCAACUUUGCCUUCUGGUGGAAAGACAAAAAGUAAGAACCCAUAUGAUGAAAAGCGCCUACUUGAACAAAACAAGCGGGUGCAGAAAGAAAACAAUGCACCAGAAGACUUCCCAAGUUUUGUUAGAGAAGGUUUUGAGGUUAAAGUAGUGACAUCAGAAAACUAUGAAAAACGUGACUCUGGACUUAUAUACCUGGACUUUGAAGUUGGUAAAGGUGAUUGCCCAACGGCUGGUCAACAGGUAACUUUUCACUAUGUUGGCUACAAUGAGUCAGGCCGUCGUAUCGACAGCACCUAUCUGCAGGGAUCUCCUGCAAAAAUCCGAAUGGGCACUAAUGCAUUAGUUCCAGGAUUUGAAGAAGGAAUUCGAGACAUGAGACCCGGGGGGAAAAGAAGAUUAAUUAUUCCUCCGGAACUUGGACCCCCGGUAGGACCUUCCACUUUUUUUAGCGCAAAACAAUUUGAGGUUUUUGAUGUGGAGCUGCUCAGCGUUCAAGAUUGUCAAAGACGAACCAUAGGAUUCUACUCUGAUGUUGUGUGCAACUGA